GGUUGGCUUUGAGCUCCGUGACGUCAUCAGGGGGCGUACCUACCAAACCGGUUAGCUGCCUGCUGUCCGUUUAGCUCGGGGUGUAGACUGACUCUCGGCUCUCUGUGUAUCAUAUAAAACGCCAAAAAUAAGACAUGUCUGACUUCACAGAAGACCAGAUCAUGGAUUUUAAGGAGGCCUUCCUCUUGUUUGAUCGGACGGGUGAAGGGAAGAUCACCUACAGCCAGUGCGGCGACGUGAUGCGGGCCCUGGGACAGAACCCAAUCAAUGCCGAGGUGCUCAAAGUCCUCGGAAAUCCCAAAAUGGAAGAGAUGAACCGCAAAAUGCUGGAUUUUGAGCAGUUCCUUCCCAUGUUUCACGCCAUCGCUAAGAACAAGGACCAGGGCUCCUUUGAAGAUAUUGUCGAAGGCCUGCGCGUCUUUGACAAAGAGGGGAACGGCACAGUGAUGGGGGCAGAGCUGCGUCACGUCCUCACCACUUUAGGUGAAAAAAUGUCAGAAGAAGAAGUGGAGACUCUUUUGAUAGGACAUGAAGAUGCCAACGGCUGCAUUAAUUAUGAAGAACUGGUCAGGGUGGUGAUGAGUGGUUAAGGACUUCACACAAUCCCAGUUUUAAUUUUAUUCCAGAUUUAUUCUGUCUUGUUUUACCCCUCCAUCCAUGUCAUCCUACCUCUAACACUGUUUUGGUACUUUUUAACCUUUUUUUUCUUCUAUGUGCCUUGUCUGUCUGAUGUGAAAAACUCCUCUCAUCUCAUCUUCCUGAGUACUGUUGAUGUUUGCCGGCACAGUUAGUGGUACAGCUCCAGUUGUAGGGAUACCUUGUGCAUCUGUGGCAGUCAGCCUCAGUCAAGCUGUCUUCUCGUCUGGAUGGAGAUGAUCAUGUGAUAUGUUACAUUAAGAAAUAUUGAAUAAAACGGUUUACCAACUUUU